UCGUCCCGCCUUAAGUCGAGGGGCCCAAUAGGAAGCCCAGGCGGCGUGUUUGAAAGUGAGGCCAAAGAGGGUGGGGAGCGCGUGCUGCUGGGAGUUGUUUGGAGGUUGGCGGCGCGGUGCUGAAGGUCCUCAGACAGAGCGAUCAUGGCGCACAAACAAAUUUACUAUUCGGACAAAUACGACGACGAGGAGUUCGAGUACCGGUUAGUGCCGGCGCGGGGGCCAUCACGAGGUCGUGAGUUUGACAAGCAUGUCAUGUUGCCCAAGGACAUAGCUAAGCUGGUCCCUAAAACCCAUUUGAUGUCUGAAUCUGAAUGGAGGAAUCUUGGUGUUCAGCAGAGUCAGGGAUGGGUCCAUUAUAUGAUCCAUGAACCAGAACCUCACAUCUUGCUGUUCCGGCGGCCACUGCCCAAGAAGCCAAAGAAAUGAAGCUGGAAGAGCCGCUUUGCAGCCUCGAGCUUCACACAGCGGUCCUCACUUGCUAACAUCUUUCUGAUAAAAUUAUGUUGCCUUCUCGUUUCUCAUUUUGAUAUUUAAAAGAUUUUAAAAUAUACUGUUUGGAUGUGCUGGUGACUGCUUUGCUUCUGAGCAGAGCCAGCAGCACAUAGCCCAGCCAGGCCAGGGCUCUCGGGGCUGCACCUCGGCUGAGUGUGGCCCCAGAAACCAUGGUGAGCUCUGUGUCCACCGGAUCACACCUGGCAAAUGGAGGAAGCACCUGAGAACAAGACCAUGGCUGUUCCAGGGACUGUGGAAACCUGCUGUUUUGGUUUUUUUCCUGCCAGGUGUUGUGUGUAUGGUGCUUUAUGUUUCAAUGUAUUGGAAACUUUCCAUUUUAUUCAAGAAAUCUGUUUCAUGUUAAAAGCCUUGAUUAAAGAGGAAGUUUUUAUAAUC